AUGGCCGUUUACAUUUGUGUCGAGUUGCCGUCAAUCAGUGGUCUGCCAGAUAUUAUGAAUUGUCUGUUAGAACGAAGCAUUAAAUUUACCGUGUCAAAGGAUCGCAACAGUCUUUGUGAGAGAUGCAGUGCGAGGAACGAAUUUGUGCAGUCUCCUGGUUGCAGUUAUCUUCAGUCGCUUCCACAGAUCUCAACGCCGUCGUCCGCUUCCCUCGAACUUAUGGAUAUGUACCCACGUUCAGAGAGUGUGGACAGCGAGCCAAGUGAGAAUGUAAAGGAAGAGACAUCCUUACCGCAUAUGAACGAAGCAGCCACUGUUAAGGACGAGAUAGAAGAGGCAGACCUUGUGGCAAGUGGAUCAGAGCUUCUGCAACAAGUGUCCGCCAACUUUUCCUCUUACCAAGAAAAGGCUCAAAACUUCACCGACUCGGAGGUAGCGCUCGUUCGCGAAAAGGGGACAGGAAGCGCUGCAAAGCAGUGCCAGCAAGAAGGAGUCAUAUGGGUGCACAGAGGAAAGGAGUGGAGAGGGGAGGAAGGCGCCGUUGGAACUACUAGGAAGAUGAAGGGAGGAAGAGGAGAAGGAGGGAGGAGGAUGGGUGGGGAAAGGGGAAUUGUCGAUGUGCAACAAGCAGGGGAGUCUGAUAAGAGGGUUGUCUGUCAUCGUCGUCAUCAUUAG